AUGAAGUUCGGUCAAAAUCUUCAAGAGCACAUCCGCCGCUGCGAGGCGAAGUCGCCACCCUGUUCAGGGGAAGACUACGUGGACUACAAAAGUUUGAAGCAACGGAUCAAGAAUGGAUGUACACAGAGCGACUUUCAGGAAAACUAUGGCUUGGAACUCUCGAAAGUGAGCUCCAGGCUCUCCGAGGGCUCGGUGCUCUCCCGAGAUCCCCACUAUGCCGUGAUGAACCGGCAAGCGCUGGACAAGAUUAGUAAGAAGUUUGACAAGCAACUGAAGGGCCGUGUCAGGGCGGCGAACUGGGUCACCACGUUGGCAAAGUCACUCGGAGGUCUUCAGGUGGAGGAUGCCUUUAUCCCACCAGACUUGCGGCCCGCGAAUGGGAACCACCCACCGGCGCUGCGCUCGGCGGCACUGCGCUCGGGCUGCAUCAUCUUCUUCGCCGGUGGCUUCUCAGGGAUCAUGUCCCGCACACUAACGGCGCCCUUGGAUCGGAUCAAGAUCAUGAUGCAGGCAGGAAAUGCUCCGAACCUGAAAGGUCAUCAAGCUUCACUUCGCUGGGAUAGCUCCUCCGGGAAGCUCCGCGGAGCGGCGCGGGCCAUUCUUCGGGACGGCGGCCUGCGGGCGUUUUGGCAGGGCAACGGCGCCAAUGUGCUGAAGGUGAUGCCAGAGUCAGCCGUGAAAUUCCUCGUCUAUGACAAAGUCAAGGACGCUUUGGGAACGACAGCUGGAUGUUCGACGCGCUCGGUGUCACUGCCGGUCUCGGAGCGCUUGUUGGCGGGGUCGGUGGCGGGAUGCGUCUCCCAGCUCGUGGUCUAUCCUUUGGAUGUCAUCAAAACUCGACUUGCUGCCGCACCAGCAGGUGCUUACAAUGGCAUCUUUGAUUGCAUCCAAGUGACCGUCUGGAAAGAAGGAAUCCAGGCACUCUACAAGGGCUUGUGGCCGGCCUUGCUGGCCAUCAUCCCGGCGUCCGGCAUCGAUUUGGCCGUGUACCAUACCCUCAAGGUUCACUACACGGAGCGGUUCAGGAAGGAAGAGACCAGCAACAUGCCUUUGGCGCUCUCGCUUUGCUUCGGAGCGGCCUCUGCCACCUGUGGCGCGCUGGUUGCGUAUCCGCUGACGGUGGUGCGCACGCGCUUGAUCGUGCAAGGCAUGCCUGGGCGGCCUAUGCGCUAUCGAGGUGUUUUCGAUUGUUUUUGGAAGAUCCUGGAUGCGCAUGGCCCCACUGGCUUCUAUCGCGGCUUAAUCCCCGCCUUGUGCAAGACCAUCCCAGCGAUGAGUAUUGGCUGGGCCGCCUUUGAGUUUGCCAAGAGUUUGGCAGAGGAGUACAAGAUCUACAUCGACACUCUCUUGAAGCCGCUCUUGCCGGAGACCUUGCGCAUCGCAGCGGCCACUUUGGGAGGUCGUGAGGCGUUGGAACGUGCGCUGACGCAGUUCAUCGACCAUCUCAGGCCCUAUGUUCCCGGCUGUGAUGACCGAAAGCUGAGCCGCGCAUGUGUGCGGCGGGCGAAAGGCAUCGAGCAGCAGUUGCAGCGGAUAGGUGAGACGCUUCUGGCAGAUCCCUUGCGCGAAGAGGUGCUGAAGCCUGAGGACAUGCACGGCAUUUGGCAUGGCUUCGUGGCAAUGCGGGGCUGGCGCGACUGCCGAGUGCCUCAAGAAUGUCUAUUGACAUUCCUUUCGGGAAUCCUCAAUGAGCUUGAUGAUGACAUACUGGAGGAAUGGAAAGAUCAGGCCUUAAAGGUCGAACUGCCGAAGGUUCAGCAUUCUGUCUCCGUGGCGGCCUGGCCCGGGCUGUGUCAGCAUUUAGGAGAGCUGCCGGCCUGUGUCACAGCACAGGAGCUCCGGGAGGCGUUGUGGCAGCAGGCCUUCGUGGAGAACCCCACGCGCGCGCCAGAUCACCGGAACUACCGGCGCUUCGCAUUGCUGGCGGCCCAGAUGGUGGCGAUCGGGGUGGAGCUGGAGACUCAACAGGUGGAGCUUUUGGUCCGCCAAGUCCUGAACCUGGACCGUCCCUGGCGCGAGCGCCGCGACAUGCUGAGCGGCAUCCUGAGCGCGGCCUCGGUGGCCGAUCGUCAGCAGGUCGUGGAGAAGUUGGACCAGCGAUUUGAUGCGCACGCGGAGAUUGACGACUUUGAAAUCGUUUGUGGUAUUGCCGAGCACAUUGGCAUCGAAAUCCCUCCCGGCGGAGCCAUCCGGCGCUGCGCACUGCGUCGCUGGGCGCUGGACACGAAGCGCGGGGGAGCCUUGCCGGUGGCCAGAUUGAUGGACUUCGUGGACAAUGACAUCACCAUUGGCCAAGAUGUUGCCCAGAGCCUCCGACAGCGGGGCCGCAUUGCAGACGCAGCCCUGCUGUUGUCACGGCUGCCGAAGCAAGAUCGCCAUCUGGAAGGCUCCGAGCACUUCACUUCGGCCUAUGGUGAUGUGGAGCUUGAACGUUUGCAAGACAUUCUAUCUUUGGGUGACGAUGGGGCAUUCUACAACGGAGAGGAUUCGGAAUUUGGCCCGGUCGAUUCUGGCGGCUUCGUCCUGCCGGACUUCGGCUUUCGUGGGGCCGCGGCCACCGCGGCGGCAGCUGUCGAGGCCUGCCAACGGCUUCAAGGACAAGAGGUCUUGAUGGUCCAGCUCUUUCGAGAGGAGGCACCCUUUUGGCAUCGCCCUGGAAGCCUUCUGGUCCUGUGCAGUUGCGAUCGCUUGGAGCUGUUCGACCUCUUGGCGCUGCGCAGCGAUGCCGAGCCCAGCGCGGCGCACGGCGCCACGCACGGUGCCAGCUGGGCGCUGGCGGCCCAGGAGCUGAGAAGGAUCUUGUCGGAGGAAAGCAUGCUGAAAGUCGUGUGGGGUGGCGUGGAGGAGCUCGUCGACAUCGCCAUCGAGCUGGGCUUGGGCAUCGCCAAGUCGUUGAAACCCAAUGAGAAGGACCCCGUCGGGCCUGUCUUGAACUCCCAGAGUCUUUUUGAAGAGCUGGAGCUGGGCACAGCCUGGCCUGUGAUCAUGCGGCGCUUCACAGGGCUGCGGCUUUGCUUGGAGGAAGAGGGUUCCAACUGGGCACGGAGGCCAUUGAGAGCCUCACAGCUCCACCAUGCUGCUGUGAUGACUUGGACGCAACUCUUGCUGCUCCACGCCUUGUGUAGCCGCGGCAUUGUGAAGGAGGAGAGCUUGCGCAAACACACCUGCGUGCAGUCUCGCGCUCGCUGUUACCUGCGCCGCGACGGUGGCGGACACGCGCUCGGCCAGCUGGCACCUCCCGGGCGCUUGGCCAGGCAGAAGCGGCGAGGCCUAUGGACGUUUACACGUGUGGCGUUGCUGUGCGAAGGAGACACUGAAGAGGUGGUCGAGGUCUUGGGGGAUCUAAUCGGCAACACCGCCACGGUGGUGCCUUUGGGCACUGACCUCUCAGAGGAGCCACUGCCCGUGCGCCGGGCAUCGGCCAGGCAUCUUCGGGCCGUAAACUGCUGGGACUAUGAGCCCUGGCUGCUUCGCUGGGUUUUGCAGCCUGAGAUGCCUUUGGCAGAACAGCUGCCAGAGGAGCAGCCACAGGAGCCAGAGGUGAUGCCGGCCUUCGCAGCACGUCUAGCCAUGUCCGCGACGUCACGGCGCUUGGCACUGCAGCGCCAGCGCAGCAGCUGGGGCGCACGUCGUGAGCGCCAGGCUUUGGCCUGGAAGCUUUUGAGGGAUUUCUUGGACCCGGCAAAGGCGAAAUUGCUUCUGGAUUUCACCUACCACGCGCAGCCUGCGAGUUUGCUGGGUCUUUAUGGCGAUGCCUAA